AUGGCAGAUGAUUUACUAGUGGCCGAGUCCAAAGUCACAGAUGGACUCAAAGAGGUGUUAUUUGGUUCGAUAGCCGGAGCUGCCGGAAAGGUGGUGGAAUUUCCUUUCGAUACGGUUAAGGUGAGGCUGCAGUACUCACAGACGAGAGAAGUCCCUCUGUUCAAUUCCGCCUUGGAUUGCAUCAGGAAGACCUACCAUAGCGAGGGGUUCUUUAAUGGAUUCUACAAGGGCAUUGCGAGCCCUGUAUUUGGCGCUUCUUUGGAGAUGUCGUGUCUGUUUUUGAGCUACAAUGUUGCUCAAGACGCGUUCAAGAAGCACAGAUCGGAGUCAACAUUGUCAAUUAUAGAUAAGACUGCGUGCGGAGCAAUCAGUGGUAUGGUAACAGCAUUUAUAUUGACUCCGAUUGAGCUGGUGAAAUGCCAAAUGCAGGUCCAGAAUCUUCAGUCGACCGCAGAAAUGGGAAUUGGCAAAGUGAUACGAAAGCUGCUUCAGGAAGACGGACUUUUGGGAUUCUGGAGAGGCCAUUCCACCACUUUGAUUAGAGAGGCUGGUGGAUCUGCGUUCUGGUUUGGGUCCUAUGAGUACACACUGGAACUAUUGAAACGAGUGGGUUCCAAGAAAGAGAGUUCAACCAUGGACCAACUGGCAGCAGGGGCCAUUGCUGGAGUCACCUACAAUUUCUCGAUAUUCCCCGUGGACACUGUCAAAUCGAUUAUUCAGACUCACGAGGGAACUUCUGAGUCAAACUCGAUGGUAUCAGUAACAAAAUGGAUAUGGAAACAUGGUGGUGUUAAGGGCUUCUACCAAGGUCUGGGCGUUGCUCUGUUGAAAGCAGUUCCUGCAAAUGCGAUUGUCUUUUUCGUGUACGAGAAUCUGAAGAAGGAGUUUAACUAG